AUGUGUUUAAUUCCUGAUAACUCAAUUUUUUGCUGUGGAUAUUAUCCUACUCCUAAAAAGUCUGCUUUUAUUAUUCAACCAAAUAAGAUGCUAAAGCAUGUAGCUGAUACUCCAUUUAGUAUUGGGCUUUCUGGUUCAAUUUAUUAUAAUGAUAGCGUUUAUGUUUUUGGUGGAUCUACAACAAGCGGAAUAUGAAGUGGCGCCUUUAAAUAUUAUUUAUGAGAAGAUAAAUGAGCAAACUUAAAUCCUAUGCCAUUGAAGUCAACAUUUGUUUCAUGCAUUGCUAAAAAUAAUAAGAUUUUACUAUCUGGCAGAGAGCACACAAAAAUCUAUUGCUAUGAUAUUAUUCAAAAUAGUUACAAUGAGUUGCAUAACAUUCAGCAAGGACAGUGAAGAAAGAUUAUAUGUGAAAAUAAUAAAAAUGCUUAUGUAAUAGAAGCAGGUGGACAUAUUUAUGAAGGAAAUCAGGAAUGAAAAGCCUGAAGAACAAUAGGAAAUUCAGGCAUUAUAAGUAAAGAAUUAAUUGGAUGCAAAGUUUUAUGGGAAAACAGCGCUUAUUUUUGUUUUGAAGGGUAUGAUUUAUAUGAGUUUAAUAUGAAGGAAAAAAAAUGCAAAAAGAUAGAUAUUCUUUAUUAG